AUGAUCAUAGCGGUUCUGUUGUUUAUUCUGAAUAUCUUGGAAUUCGUGAUUGCAAAGCGCAAUGAGAUCGGACAUAUACCGAUGAAAGGAAAUUUAUGGCGAGCAAAAUAUGAUAAUGAAAUCAAUCACAACAUCAGCAAAGAGUUUGCUGCUUUCAUACGACAUUGUAGAACUACGAAAUCAGAAGAUACGGGAAUCACAUAUCACUACUCACCUAAUGGUACUGUCUACGCAUUGUCUGAGGUGAGUAUUUAUCUACCUGCCUCUGUCUAAUU